AUGUUCAGAACCCGACUUGCGCAGGGUGAGUACGCGAACCUCCGUCAACUCGUUUCAUCUGGACAAGAAGGUGGACAAAGAAACCACCCGGCAGCUUUGACUGCCGACGUGAAGCCAAGCAGCGUUGUCGAAUAUGCCUUAACAACUUUCGAUCAACUGGCCAAUUGGUCCCGCAACGGAUCCAUGUGGCCUUUGACAUUUGCACUGGCCUGCUGUGGUAUCGAAAUGAUGCAUGUGUCCAUGCCCCGCUACGAUCAAGACAGGCUGGGCAUUAUCUUCCGUGCCUCGCCUCGGCAAGCGGAUGUGAUGAUCGUCGCUGGAACAGUGACCAACAAAAUGGCGCCAGCCGUGCGCCAGGUCUACGAUCAGAUGCCUGAGCCACGAUGGGUUAUCAGUAUGGGAUCCUGCGCCAAUGGAGGAGGCUACUACCACUAUAGCUACAGUGUGGUAAGAGGUGUCGACCGCAUUCUCCCUGUCGAUAUUUAUGUUCCAGGCUGCCCGCCAACUGCAGAAGCGCUCAUGUAUGGCAUUUUCCAGUUGCAGCGGAAGAUCAGGGGCAACAGGCCUUCCAGGAUAUGGUACCGCAAGAAAUGA